CCUUGCAUUCCAUCCACAACUCAGAAAUAAUCCCAGAAACAAGCACCAAAACAGCCUCAAAACCUACACAUACUACACACACUAAAAAAAUGUCGUCAAAAUCCAGAUAUGCACCACCAAGAACCGCAACCCAAACCAUAACACAAGCAACACUAAACGGCCUCGCCAACCUCAUCAAGCUCCUCCCAACAGGCACAGUCUUCUUGUUCCAGUUCCUCAACCCUGUCCUCACCAACAACGGCCACUGCGACAUCGUCAACAAGUAUUUAUCGAGCAUCUUGAUUGUCGUGUGUGCAUUCUCGUGCUGCUUCGCCUCAUUCACCGACAGCUACAUCGAUAGCCAGGGGAACACACAUUACGGCAUUGCAACAAACAAGGGCCUCUGGCCUAGUUCUCCCACACAAGACUUGUCGUCGUACAAGCUUCGGUUGGGGGACUUUGUGCAUGCGUUUUUUGCAUUGAUUGUGUUUGUUGUUGUGGCUCUCUUGGACCCCAACACUGUGGCGUGUUUCUAUCCAUCAUUUCAGUCUGCUCAACAAGCUCUGCUGAUGGCAUUGCCACCGGCUAUCGGGGCGGCUUCUAGCUUUAUCUUUAUUGUGUUUCCUAAUAACCGCCACGGUAUAGGGUACCCUUCCGGCCAGGGAUCAACAACUCCAUCUUCAGAUUCAGAUUAAAGGGCAUGCAUGCACGUGUUAAUUAUGUAAAACAAGUGUGUGUUGUGCGUGUGCUUGAUAUAUAUUAUUGGUUGAUUGUUUUGGUAAGGGAAUAAGUGUUUGAGAGAUUUGUUUCCUGCUUCUCUCCAUGAUCAUCAUAUGGUGAAUGCAGAAAUUAGUGAGAUGUGAAGAGCACAAAAGCGGUCUUCCGUUUUAACAUGUAAUGAAUUUGAUUGUUUAUACAAUAUAUUUGACUACUUCUUUAGUUUCUUAGUUUUAAAUCUUUAAGCUCAUUACUUAGCAGAACAGCUACAAUCACAAAAUUUGCACCUAUGGCAUGUAUAUGUUUCCCGGAAUAGAUGCAACAUGAUUUUGCAAGCCAUUGGAGCCGCCAACAUUGGGGCUCUUGGUGCAGUGAUUCUCUCUUAUACGACUCCCAAAGAACAUCUUCGUUUGCCUAACAGAGACGAUGUGGAAGCUGGAGUUAUAGCUUAUAAGAUCGCUGCACAUGCUGCUGAGUUAGUGGGGCAUAUCCUCUUGCUCAAGCCUGGGAUGAUGCACUAAGCAACGCAAGAUUUGAGUUCCAAUGGAUAGAUCAGUUUGCCCUGUCGUCGGACACCAUGACCGCCCAUGCGGUUGAUGAUGAAACUUAACCAUCUGAUGGUGCUAAAGUGGCGCAUUUCUGCUCUUUGCGUGGGCCUAAAUUCUGUCUGAUAUGAAGAUAACUGCGGAUGUAAGGAAAUAUGCUUGAGGAAGCAAUCCAGCUUGGUAUGGAUCCUAUGAGCGCAUAAUUCUUGACUGCAAAGUUCGUAAAAACUAUGAGCACUUAAAAUUGAGCACAAAUUAUCUCCCAGUUAGAACAAACGCAUCUUCCACCACUUGGGUGAGUAAGUAGCUUCACACUGUGUCGACCUGCUUAAAGAGCAACAUCAAUCUUAGUUCAUGUCAAUGUGACAGUGCCAUCAUAAAAAUGUCUUCUGUUAAAUGAUCGUUUACUCGUUCUUUGACAGGAAAACGACCAGGGCCGUCUGUAUUUGCUCAGGUACCGGCGGCUUGGCCAGGACUCCAGUAAGGUCAGGCCGGAAAGUCCCUUUGAAUCUGACAGGAAAAUGCCUGUGUACGGAGCGUGCAUUCUUGCUUUCUGUUCUUUGACAGGUCACAAGACUCAUGCACUGUUCAGGACAAUGUUACUGCAAGAGAAAUGGCUGAAAUAUUGAAAGUUAAGCAGCCCUGCGGUUCUGCAUCAGGCUGGCAAAGGGCUUGUCAAAACUACAUCUGAAACUCCAGGAACCGAACAUUUUAUGUUGCACGGAAUGUAAUAGAAAUGCUAGACAGUAAAGAUAUACAUCCAAAGAAUGAAACACUGAAAUCACUCUCUUACAGCAAAACAUAGGCUGUAAUUUUGGUCCGGAAUCUGAACGCAUUUACAAUUACAGAGCUCCAUAGAGCUUUCACAUUUUACAUUGGUUCUCCCCUCCUUUUUUUGUUUUUUUUUUGGUUUUUCACGUUGCGUCCUCUUCCAAUGUCGAGGAUCUUAUCUAUAUGACAAAUACCUCAAAGAUGCUAAGGUUUAUUGUUUAUGUGCAACUACUUAUUAAGG